AUGGCGCAAUCAUCCAACCCGCCCGCCUCAAGGGCACUAGUUGCUGGAACUGUGUCCUUCUACUUAGUUGCAGCGUUGGCUGUACGUGUUCUGAGUGCGAAUAAAUGGGUCCUCAACACCACAGAUACACCCCUCUUCUUUCUGCUGGCGCAGCUUAUCAUCGCUGUCAUUCUGUUCCUCAUUGCGCACACGCUUGGCUUCCUGCAGCUACCACUGCAGCUUGACAUUCAAGUAUGCAAAGGAUUGAUACCCAUGGUUGGCCUGAGUGUCAUUGGGCUUAGCUUCAGCAACUAUACCCUCAAGUACGUUGACGCCUCCUUCUACCAAGUCGCACGCGGCAUGGUCCUCCCCUUCACCGUCGGCACUUCCUUCUUCAUCCUCCACGCCCGUCCCUCGUUGCGCAUUCUCGCCGCCUGCGCCGUCGUCACUAUGGGCUUCUUCGUCGGCGUCUUCCUAGAUGGCACUAAGGUGUCCAUGAUUGGCGUCUUCUUUGGCGUCGUCUCUUCGAUGAUCACGGCGCUACACUCGGUGGUUAUCAAGAAGAGCCUGGACGUCGUGCACGGGAGCGCGCUCCACCUCUCUUGGUAUACGAACUUGUUAAGCACGAUCAUUCUCGCCCCUCUAAUCGUGCUUGCGGGAGAGUUCCCGGGUGUCAUGAAGCUGCUGUUCGGCCCCAACGAGUCUGCACCGGGUGAGAUGAGCACGCUCGCGACUUUUGUUCUCGGCUCCGUGAUCACGGGUGUCUUCGGCUUCCUUAUGAGCGUGGCGAGCUUGAUGUCUAUCAAGGUUACCUCCCCCAUCACGCACAUGGUCUCUUCCGCCGUCCGGGGCGUCGCCGCCUCCUUGCUAGGGGUCUGGCUCUUCGGCGACCUCGUCAGCCAUGGCCGUGCGUCAUCGAUCGCAAUUAUCCUCCUCGGCUCAAUAUGGUACACAUGGAUCAAGCACCAGGAGUCGCAGCCUGCCUACGAGCCUGUCCCACUCGAUGACAUAGAGGAGGGCAAGGGAAGCGGCGGAAGCAAGACACGAGCGUCGCGUGACGCUCUGGACUAA